UUGGGGAUUUCACUUCAGAGCAAUACAAAAUUUUAUUCUAAAUGUGACUUUUACAAUAAAUUAGUAGUCAUCGUCGAUGGUGCGUAACAAAAUCACGAUAUGGCGAAUAAAGGUAUUUGCGAUGCUCGUUGUCAGGCGUUUCACGUUGCGAUGAUACAGAGAGAGGAGGCUGGACGUAUCAGAUGGUUUUUAAAAAAUCAACAGAAGUUAUUGGAUCGGUUGAAGAUUACCGAACCUGUAAAAGCAGUUGAAUUAUCCACGCCUGAGCCAGAAAAACAAUCGAGCACUAUACAUUUGAAGCCAUUACCAAAUUGGAGACCCGACAAAUCUGAUGGCUCUGUCGAUAUGAACAUUAUGAAACCAAUUGAUCCUCAAGUCAGGGCCACCCUGUACGAAGGUGCACCUAGCUUCAUAACUGCUGAAAAUUAUCUUAACAAAAGACUGAAAGAUAUGCCAGAAGAGCGUUUUUAUUAUCCGGAUUGCACAAAUUGGUUAUACGGAUGGCGACUCUCGGAUUAUCCACCUGUUCCACGAAGCAAAGUUGGACACACUAAUGUCAUGAUACGGGAAUUUUAUCAUGCGAAAAUGUCGAGUCUUCGGAAGGAUCCGGAAUGGUACCGGCCAUGUUUACGCACGCCAACGAAAUGCAACUCAUAGCUAAUAUUUUACAGUACGCCAAAAAUUGUAGCGAGUUUAUUGUCUACGUGAAUUCAUUACAGUACUAAAUAUUUAAUUAACUAAAUUUUCUCGAAGCAAUGAGUGCAGUUGUUUUUUAUAUCUAUAAAAUUGUUCUUCGGAUUCUCCUGAACAUGAUACUACACUUUAACAGUAUAACGUGCAUACGAAAGUAUGUUUAAAUAAUUAUUAAAAUGAAGAAGACAUCUAAACGUGCUAAUUGAUUACAUCAAACGUUGAAAAAAGAUAAACUUAAUUAAAGUUAUUUCCGAGAAAAAUUAUUUGUUGUACAUGCAAUGUCUCAGUUCUGGUAUUGUUCAUUCAUUAUUUAUAUGACAUAUUUGAUAAUUAUCAAUGAAACAUUGCGUGUGCAAUAGAACUUAUCGUAACACGAUUAAUUGAAUCAUCUCCACGUAGUAUAUAGAAUUUCAUAGAAAAGACACGAAUGAAAUUGCAACAUCUAAAGGUGGGAUUAAUGUAAGCACUUGUACGCCGUAGUUAUCUUUGUAAACAUUUCGCAUUUUUAUAAACAUAUCACGGAUUAUUUUAAAUCCAUCCGGCACGUUCAUUGAACGUUUUGAAAGACUUUUUGUGUGUUCAAGUAUAGAUAUCACGAGAUAAUGACAAAUAUAUUGUACUAUUAUUGCUUCACAAUGGAUGAUUUAAUUUUCAGUAUUGCAUCAUGCAUUUAUUAUCAUUUAGAUUCGUAUUAUACCGAACGAUAAGUAAUGUCAGUUUUUUUUUAAUGGUGUAUUUCUCACCCUAAUAAACUAUCAGACGAA